AUGAACCAGCUGUGCAAAGUAUGCGGCGAACCAGCGGCUGGUUUUCAUUUUGGCGCCUUUACAUGUGAAGGCUGUAAGUCAUUCUUUGGCCGCACCUACAACAACAUCUCCGCCAUUGCCGGCUGUAAAAACAACGGCGACUGUGUCAUUAACAAAAAGAAUCGUACCGCCUGCAAAGCCUGUCGUCUGCGUAAAUGUCUACUGGUGGGAAUGUCGAAGAGUGGUUCCCGAUAUGGCCGGCGAUCGAAUUGGUUCAAAAUCCAUUGUCUGCUGCAAGAGCAACAAACAAAUAGCAGCGGCGGGUCGGGACAAAAUAGCAGUGGCAACUCAAAUAGUAAUUUAGAACAACUGGCCAGGCUACAUCAGAUACAUGCGAGGCAAACGUAUCAGGAUAAGACAAAUCCCUGUAUUAAGUCAGCCAUAAGCGGUACGGUGGCUGGAGGAGCCGCCCUCAGUUUAGCGGGAACAAAUAGCCAUAACAACAAUAACAACGGCAAUAGUAAUGUAAAUGCCCUGGCGGGGAGUGUGGGGAGUAAUUUAAGUAAUUUUCUCAAUCCUGCAAAGCUUUUCAAUGGCUCGGAAUCAAUGUCCUCCGGCAACAACAAUAAUAACAAUAGCAACAAUAAAAGCCAUAAUGAAUCCCGCCUCAGCGAUACACCCAGUGAUUCCGGUGCCUCUUCGGCCGGUGAUCCCACCGACGAUUGUCGGAGUACGGCAAGCCUGCGUCAUCACAGUCAUCCGACACACAGUCAACAUCUUCAUCAGCAUCAACAGCACUUGUUGAAAUCGGAAAGAAACUGCAACUCGGCCCAUCAGUCUCUAGACAACGGUGGUACUAGCGAAGAAGACUCCGAUGAGCGGGAACGAAGACGACAACAAUUUCUACAAAUAUUUCGUAGUCAUUCGGAACCGUUACAUAGUCCAUUUGCCCCGUUUGCUUUUACCCAACUACCACCGCCCUCAACGGUUAUCAGUUCAGCAGCUCUGGCCGGCUCACCACCGGCAUUUAUGUUACCCGCCCUCAAAAGUCAAGAUGCUUUCCACAAACUAAGUGGAGGCGAUCAUGACCAGGGGGAGGAGGGGGAGUUUCAAGAGGAGCCCAUCGAUUUGUCGCUGAAAAGUAGGCAUAGUCAAUCACCCGAGGAGGAAACAAAUAAAAGUCUAACACCUGAACCUGAAUUGGAAUGUGGCAAGGGAAGUGUGGGUGUUUUGGAUUUGACAUUGGUGCGAUCCACACAAACUUUGACGGGAUGAGGUUGGGAAAGGAAGAUCUUUCCCUUUU